GAGCGAGAGUACCUGGGGACAUUUGGCAGUAGCGUGACCGGGUAAAGAUGCUCUCUGCGUGGAUACAGCGCGGCCAGCCUCCCGCUUCUCUACUCGCUGUAGUUCUACUAUGUGGAACCUUUGCGACCCAUGCAGAUGGCAGUGAUUACAGCGAGGUUCUCCCGGAUUCAUUUCCAUCUGCCCCAGCCGAACCAUUGCCGGAGUUCCAGAGCGAGCCAGAGGAUGCCUUCAUUGUGAAAAACAGGCCUGUCAAACUCUCCUGCAAAGCUGCUCCUGCUACGCAGAUAUACUUCAAAUGCAAUGGAGAAUGGGUGAACCAGAAUGACCAUGUCACCAAGGAGAGUCUGGACCCCAUCACAGGCCUGGUCAUGAGAGAAGUAGAUAUCUCUGUUUCCCGGACACAGGUAGAGGAGUUGUUUGGGCUGGAGGAUUAUUGGUGCCAGUGUGUUGCCUGGAGCUCAGCAGGCACCACAAAGAGCCGGCGGGCGUAUGUCCGCAUUGCCUAUCUAAGGAAGAAUUUUGAGCAGGAGCCACUCGGCAGGGAGGUGCGUCUGGAGCAGGAAGUGUUGCUACAGUGUCGUCCACCAGAGGGCAUCCCACCCGCUGAGGUGGACUGGCUGAAGAAUGAAGAGCUCAUUGACCCGGCUCUGGAUUCUAACUUUCUAAUUACCAUCGACCAUGACCUAAUCAUCAAGCAGGCUCGACUCUCUGAUAUGGCUAACUACACCUGUGUGGCUCGCAAUGUGGUCGCUAAGCGACGCAGCAGCACUGCAACACUCAUCGUCUAUGUGAGUGGUGGCUGGUCAUCCUGGACAGAGUGGUCAGAGUGUAAUGCUCAGUGUGGGCGAGGCUGGCAGCGACGGACGCGCAGUUGCACCAAUCCAGCACCGCUCAAUGGAGGAGUGUUCUGUGAGGGCCCCCCAUUCCAGAGAGUCACCUGCACCACACUCUGUCCAGUGGACGGAGGUUGGACGGAGUGGGCCAAGUGGUCAGCUUGUGGGACAGAGUGCACACACUGGCGCAGCCGUGAGUGUCAGGCGCCCCCGCCACGUAACGGAGGACGCCACUGCAGCGGUAGUAUGAUGGAGAGCAAGAACUGCACAGAGGGACUGUGUGCCCGCAAUAAAAAGGUUUCUAUUGAACAUACAAGCCAUCUUCUAGGCUCUGGUGCUAGUGUAGCAGUGUAUGCAGGACUGGUGGGGGCUCUGCUACUCUGUGUGAUCCUCGUGUUGUGUGUGGGCAUCCUGGUCUAUCGCCGGAGCUGCCAUCAUCUCCACGGUGAAAUCACAGAUUCCUCAUCAGCCCUUACAGCUGCCUUUCACCCUGGCAAUUACAAACCACCACGACAGGAUAACCCCCAUCUACUGCAUCCGGCAGCCCCCCCUGACCUCACAGCCAGUGCUGGAACCUUCCGCGGGCCUCUUUUCUCUCUACAGCAGGCCACACUGGACUCUCAGCACAAGAUCCCCAUGACCACUUCUCCUCUGCUGGACCCACUACCUAGUCUGAAAAUAAAGGUGUACAACUCCUCCACAAUGUCCUCCCUCGAGCUGCCGACCGGCCCAGGCUCUAUGGAUGGAGAGAUCAUGAGCCUGAAGACAGUGGGCUCUGGAAUUAAAGACCAUUACGGGCAUACUCUGCCUAGGGAGCCUAGUCACAGUGCCAGCGCCACAAUGGGAUCCCUGGGUGGCCGUCUCGCCAUACCUAAUACAGGGGUGAGUCUGUUGGUUCCACCAGGGACAAUUCCUCAGGGAAAGUUCUAUGAGAUGUAUCUCAUUAUCAACAAAUGGGAGAAAACAACGUUACCAUCAGAUGGUAGUCAGACAGUGCUGAGUCCGGUGGUGAGCUGUGGACCCUCUGGCAUGCUGCUUAGCAGACCUGUGGUCCUCACUCUGCCCCACUGUGCCCAGCUUGAGCCCCCAGACUGGACCCUUACCCUCAAAAUGCAGAACCAUCAGGGGGCCUGGGAGGAUGUGCUAACUGUAGGAGAAGAGAGUUUGUCGUCACCCUGCUACAUACAGGUGGAGGAACAGAGCUGUCAUAUACUGAUGGAGCAGCUGGGGACGUAUGGUCUGGUGGGGCAGUCAGCUCCCCCUCGGCCAGCCUGUAAGAGGCUGCAGCUAGUAUUAUUUGCUCCUCGGGCCCCAUGUCUCUCCCUGGACUACAGCCUGAGAGUCUAUUGCAUACAGGACACCCCACAUGCCCUUAAGGAAGUGUUAGAGGUAGAGCGAAGUCUGGGUGGGGUUUUACUAGAGGAUCCCAAACCCCUCCUCUUUAAGGACAGUUACCACAACCUGCGGCUCUCAAUUCAUGACAUUCCUCAUUCUCAUUGGAGGAGUAAACUUCUGGCUAAGUAUCAGGAGAUCCCAUUCUAUCAUAUUUGGAGCGGGAGUCAGCGACCACUGCAUUGCACUUUUAGUCUCGAGCGAGGAAGCUUGGUGGUUUCUCAACUCACCUGCAAGAUCUGUGUCAGACAGGUGGAGGGAGAGGGACAGAUAUUCCAGCUCAACACUGACAUCCAAGAAACUUUGCCCCCCCACUCCCCACUGCCAGCAGGUGGCUCCUGUCUGCCUUCAUCUCAAGUGGGCACAUAUGCUUUCCGACUGCCUGUCUCCAUACGGCAGAAAAUUUGUGCCAGUCUGGAUGCCCCCAGUGCGCAUGGCUGUGACUGGAGAAUGCUGGCUCGCAGCCUGGACUUUGACAGGUAUUUGAACUACUUUGCCACCAAACCUAGCCCCACAGGUGUGCUUCUCGACCUGUGGGAAGCUUGUCACCAGGGUGACGCAGACCUGGUCUCCCUGGCGACAGCUCUUGAAGAGAUGGGCAAGAGUGAGGUCUUGGUUGUCAUGACAACAGAUGGAGAUUGCUGAUUGGCAAAUCAAAAAGUGUGAAACUGGGAUAUAUUUGCCACUUUAAACCUAGAAUUAAUGCAAGUGGAUGGAAAGAAGGAAAAUGUGUCAGAUGCACAAACAAGGUUCCUGACCAUCAGUACAACUUGCCUCUCGGUUCCUCGGUUCCAUUGCGAUCAUGCAGAAUCUCCCAAGGAUUACAACAUGGAUGAGCUGGGGUCCAGCAGUCUGAAUCAUCUUGAAGUAAUACAUACUGUACCUAUGUGAAGCAAACAGAACUAUGCUGUAAUCAGACAACAGAGAUGUCAUAUGAAUUAGAAAAUUGUCACAAAAAUUGUCCGUCUUCUUCAGUGCAUUUGCUGGUGCGGUUAAAAAACACCAUGUGAGCAGCUUAUUAGUAGAUGAUAGAUUUGUCAUACUGAUACACACUGAUUCACUGUUACACGUGCAGAUACAAAUAGCGAGUGUGAGAGUACUGUCAUGAUCGAACAGCAUUGCACAUCGAGCCGCUGGCUUUGUUUCCUAGCGACCACUACAUGCUUAAAGACACUGAGAAUCGGUUUCCGGUAAAUCAGCAGUGCGGCAAGCACCUCAGGAAAUGCACACAAGCAGAACUAUAGAUGAAAACACAGAUUUAAAAAAAGUCUUGCCAAUAAGGAGCUACGAUAAUCUGCACUAAAAUCAACAGUUAUUUUCAUAAUGGCCUAUGAUUUCACAUGAAACAAACCAGAUAAAUAACAGACAAUGCUUAGAGUUGCUUCACUUGGACUUUUGUUUGAAGCAUUAUUUUCUGUGUUUGUCUUUUGAAAUAGCAUACAGGAAUGGAUUUCAGCAUUCUCGUUAACAGAGGACCAGUUGUUUUGCUGGAUUUUCUUCUUUCUCUGAUCAUACCUCCAUUAGCCUCAUAAAUCUGGCUUUUCUUUAAAACAAUCUUCUAUUCGAUCCAUAAUUUGUAAUGCAGGAGAGCUUUCUGGUAAACUCAUAUUAGUUUCCUAUAGGGAACGGACUUUUAUAAGUUAUUAUCCCUAUUUGUGGAUCAUUGUUUUUCACUCUUCUACUCGUAGCUGCUGUUCUGUUCAUAAUGUUUGGUCUCAUUUGUUUUUUAAAUUGCAUUGUUGCAUUGUCUCUGACUGAACACAGGCAGGAUAGCAGAGAGCAGUAUAAACAAAGGAUAGUUCACCCAAAAAUGAAAAUUCUCUCAUCAUUUACUCACCCUCAUGCCAUCCCAGAUAUGUAUGAUUUUUCUUCUGCUGUUGAAUACAAAUUAAGAUUUUUAGAAGAAUAUUUUAGCUUUGUAUGUCCUCACAAUGCAAGUGAAUGGGCACCAUAAUUUUGAAGCUCCAAAAUCCACAUAAAUGCAGCAUAAACGUAAUCCAUAAGGCACCAGUGGUUAAAUCUUUAUCAUCAGAAGUGAUAUGAUAGGUGUGGGUGAGAAACAGAUCCAUAUUUAAAACGUAUUUUUACUAUAAAUUCUCCCUGCCCAGUAGGUGGCACUAUGCACGAAGAAUGCGAAUCACCAUAAACAAAAGAAUAAGAAUGUGAAAGGCCCCGUUUUCAACUGGUAUUAAGAUGAGUUUCAGGUGAUCCGAACACAUGUGGUCAGCCCUAAAUGCAGGUCUAAACGGGAUCUAAAACAUCUUGCGAUCAGAUCACAGAAACCACAUACAAAUGUGGUCAAAAACGCAUGUGUCCCCUUCGCAUUUGAGGUGUACACACUAAUCUGUCCUGUAUGCAUCCUGGCAGCAGUGAAGCACCACCCCGCACCUGUCAAUCAACCACGGCACUAAAACAAGAGUUUAAACUUUGCCGUUUAUGAGCAACUUUAAAAGGAAAUAAACGUCCGAUCUGAAAAUUUUAAAAAGCGCAUACAUUUGCAAUCAUGAGUGCUUCACAGAUCUUCUUUAGUGUGUAUGAUAUCAACACAGAUGACAAGCACAAACACCUGAAGCUCCUUUAAUACAGGUAAUCCUCUAAAAUAAUGGAUAAUUCGAACACAAGUGGUCACAGGGGACGCAUUAAAGUGACCUGGUGUAAACAGCGAUGUGUCUCACCUGACCACAUGUGAUUGGAUCGCCCUACAUGCAUCGUUAUACCAAGGGGAAAUGGGGUAAAAGUGAAAGUGGAGCUUGAUAUUAAAAAAUUAUCUGUUUCUCACCCUUCUGAAGUUAUAGAUUUAACCACUGAAGUUAUAUGGAUUACUUUUAUGCUGCCUUCAUCUCCUUUUAGAACUUCCCAAUUUUGGUACCCAUUCGAUUGCAUUGUAUGGACCUAUACAGAGCUGAAAUAUUCUUCUAAAAAUCUUCGUUUGUCUUUAGCAGUAGAAAAAAGUCAUACACAUCUGGGAUGGCAUGUAAAUGAUUAGAAUUUUCAUUUUUGGGUGAACUAUUUCUUUAAGAUGUUUUUGUAAUAUUAUAUAUGUGCAUCACAAGUGAAACUGGAUUAUUUUUUUACUUUGUUUUUUAGGUUAAAGGGACAGAGUUCACCCAAAAAUUUAAAAUUCUGUCACUUUUUACUCUCCCUCUUGUUAUUUCAAACCUGUAUGACUUUCGAUCUUCCACAAACACAAAAGGAGAUGUUAGGCAUGUUAGUCUAAGUCAUCAUUUACUUUGAUUGCAUAAUUGUUUCCGUGCAAUGAAAGUGAUUGGUGACUAAAGCUGUCAUUGUGCCUAAUAUUUCCUUUUGUGUUCCAUGGAAGAAAGAAUGUCAUGUGUAUGGAACAGCAUGAGGGAGAGUAUAUGAUGAUAGAAUUUUCAUUUUUGGGUGAACCAUCCCUUUAAAUGUUCUUUGAUCCUCAUUGGGUAAGUGCAGUGCAAAUAUGCUGUGCUGUUUAAUUGAAAUUGCACGGGUGGUAGAAAGCCCUUUUCUGGGUUUGAUGCCAGUCUGUUGUGCUGUUUAAGUUAUAAAUAGUAGCCUUGAGAGGUUGUGUAAGUGCACUGUUAAUUGCACUAUGACCCACUUGCUCCUUAUUAUUAGUUUAGAUUUUUUGGUUUUAAUGGGUUCCCCUUGAGUAAGACUUCAAGCCAGGUCCUGGACAUCUUAUUAUCAAAAGUCAUGUAAUCAGUGCAAUGGACUUGAAAACAGUAUGCUUGGUUCAUUUAUUUUUGUUUUUCUUGACCUUUUCUUCAAAUGUAUUCAAAUGUCUAGCAACAAACAAAAGGAAGUCUGCAGUGUCUGUCCAUGCCUGUAAAGGUGUGAAUUAAAUAACCGAAGUGUUUGUUUGUGUGUGAGAGAGAGAGAGAGAAUAGUGUGUGAGAGAUUGUGUUUGCACCAACCUAUGAGUCAUUAUAGUGCUACGGUAUGUAUGAACAGGCUUCAUCAUAUGUUGUUACUCUUUUCCCAUUAAAAGUACUAUGCAAGUGCACAACAAAAGUGAAUCUGUGGCCGUCUUGAUGUCUCGUGUAUGAAGUACAUGGAAUGGGAUGCUUAUAUUUUUUACUCUGCUGAUCACUGCUGUAACAAAGCUGAGGGGAAAUGGGACCUCUCAGCAGUAAUAAAUGCAAACAAAAUGAUUUGUUUUGUAAUUGGGGGUCAGGGAUCCAUGACCUCCCAGUCAUUCCUCAACAACGAGCAGUUUGUUCAGAGGAUUAUUUUUAACAUUCUACAGUACAUGCAAAAGACUGCAAAAAACAUUCAAAAUCCCUGAUGGCUUCAGAACUUUGAACCUUUAAAUGGCUCUGAAAUGUCUCCAAUCGUCUCACCCAGUGUUACUGUACAUGACAACGCCUUUGAGCAUUUCACAUGUGUGAAGCUGCUUUGGGUCUGCUUCUCUCUGGAUGAUAGUCGCUGUUCAAAGAUGCUCACUUGUGGCUGAACUUAAAUCUUUUUUUUUGUGCAGAUGUAAUUUUAUAUGAAAGAGGAUGAAGUCAGGAGAGGUUUUUUUUUUUUUCAUUUAAUGCUGUAAAAUACUACUGUACAUAAAUGUUUAGAAUUCUUACUGUAACUAAAUAUAAUUUUUAUG